GCCACAAAAAGCAAGCCAGCAGAGGAGAGCGAUGCUCCUCCAGCCAAGAGAGCCCCCAUCUUUUAUGGCAGUUUGGAAGAGAAAGAGAGAGAGCGUCUGGCAAAAGGAGAAUCAGGACUGCUGGGAAAAGAAGGGAUGAAGGCUGCCAUCGAGGCUGGCAACAUCAACAUAAGCAGCGGUGAAGUCUUUGAUCUCGAAGACCACAUGAGUGAGCGGCAGGCGGAGGUGCUGGCUGAGUUUGAGCGCAGGAAGAGAGCCCGGCAGAUCAACGUGUCCACUGACGACUCUGAAGUGAAAGCCUGUUUGCGAGCUCUUGGGGAGCCCAUCACGCUCUUUGGAGAAGGUCCUGCAGAAAGGAGGGAGAGAUUGAGAAAUAUCCUUUCGGUGGUUGGCACGGAUGCAUUAAAAAAGACCAGGAAAGAUGACGACAGGUCUAAAAAAUCCAAAGAUGAGUAUCAGCAAACCUGGUACCACGAAGGACCGCGCAGUCUGAAAACAGCGAGGCUGUGGCUUGCUAACUACUCGCUCCCCAGGGCAGUGAAGCGGCUCGAAGAAGCUCGGCUGCUCAAAGAGAUUCCAGAGGCAACCAGGACAUCGCAGAGACAGGAGUUACACAAAUCCCUGCGAUCCUUGAAUAACUUCUGCAGUCAGAUUGGAGACGAUCGCCCACUGUCCUACUGCCACUUCAGCCCCAAUUCCAAACUCCUCGCUACAGCCUGUUGGAGCGGAUUGUGCAAGCUCUGGUCCGUGCCUGACUGCAACCUUGUUCACACCUUACGAGGACAUAACACCAAUGUAGGAGCGAUAGUCUUCCAUCCCAAAGCUACUGUCUCCCUAGACAAGAAGGACGUCAACCUGGCCUCCUGUGCCGCUGAUGGUUCUGUCAAGCUCUGGAGCCUUGAAAGUGAUGAACCGGUGGCAGACAUUGAAGGGCACAGCAUGAGAGUGGCACGUGUGAUGUGGCACCCGUCUGGGAGGUUCCUGGGUACAACCUG